GUCAGUUUUCUUAUAUCUCGUUGGUUUAAUUGCUGAUCUCAACAACAGAUCAGUGAGAACUUGAUUACGGCAGUCAAGAUAGAAAAAUUACAUUUUAGGAGGGUGUCAUGGCUUGUACGGAGAUCACCAUCAUCCAUUAUAACGAUGUAUACAAUGUUGAGGAACGGGCUGCAAGAUUUGCUACUGCUGUCAAGAAGUUCAGCUAUCUUGACCCGAUAAUACUAUUCAGUGGUGACGCUUUGUCACCUAGUAUGCUAAGUACAACAACCAAAGGAGCCCAAAUGAUACCUGUACUGAACGAGGUUGGCACCAGUUGUGCUGUUUUUGGUAAUCAUGAAUUUGAUUUUGGACUAGAGGUCUUAACACAGAGAAUAUCUGAGACCACUUUUCCUUGGCUGAUGUCAAAUGUUGUGGAUAAUGAGACAGGAAAACCACUUGGAGACGGCAAGACUUUUCAUAUCAUUGAUAAAUGUGGAAAGAGGAUUGGUCUUAUUGGGCUUGUUGAGAGAGAAUGGCUUGAUACAUUGGCAACUAUAAAUCCUGAUGAGCUUAUAUUUCAUGAUUUUGUUGAGUCAGGGAAUAAAAUAGGGGCUCAACUAAAAAAUGAUGGAUGUGAUUAUGUGAUCGCUCUUACACACAUGAGAAUGCCAAAUGAUGUUAAGCUGGCUGAGUGUUGCAACGAAAUUGACCUCAUAUUAGGAGGCCACGAUCAUAUCUAUGCAGUUGAAAAGGUCAAUGGUAAGCUGAUUGUGAAGAGCGGAACAGACUUCUUCAAUUUUUCUAAGCUUACCCUUGACUUUUCUGACUCAAAAGACAUUCAAGUAAUUGUCGAGGAGAUUGCUGUUACUGAAGAAUAUAUAGACGACCCUAAAUUAAAAGAAGAAUUGAAUAGAUAUACUUCUAUAAUUGAGGAAAGGUUAGAUGAAGUUUUAGGCGUGUUCUCUGUUGCACUUGAUGGCAGAUUUGAAAGGAUUCGCCUAGGGGAAACCAACCUUGGGAACUGGGUGUGUGAUGUUAUUUUGGCAGCUACAGGGGCUGACCUCGUCAUCCUCAAUUCAGGUACGUUACGCUCAGACAGGAUCCAUCCUCCUGGACCAUUCACUUUGAGGGAUCUAAUGACUGUAGUCCCAAUAACUGACCCUCUUUGUGUCUUAGAACUCACUGGUAAUGAAGUUAUUGAAGCUUUAGAGAAUGGAGUUUCCUGCUACCCUCGUUUAGAAGGAAGAUUUCCUCAAGUGUCGGGCAUAUCAUUUGCAUUUGAUCCUAGCCUUGAAUCUGGUAAAAGAGUUGCGACUGAUUUCAUUAAAGUCGGAGAUCAGUAUCUUCAACCAGUGACUAAGUAUCGUGUCGCAACCAAAUCUUACCUAAAACAAGGCUGUGAUGGAUAUACAAUGAUGAAAUCUGCUAAAGUACUGGUAGAUGAGGAGUCCUGCCCUGAGCUUGGAAUCGUAAUACAGAAUCACUUUGAGGCAAUAAAGAUGCGCUUAGGUAAGUGCAGGAGGGUUAGCAAACAUCGUCAGAGCCUAGUCACUCUUUCUAGAAGGCACUCCUUAGUAAAAUGUUUGGAUGCAGGAGAUUUAGAUGGGCCGCAUCCAUUAAGAAAAGGAAAUAUUAAGAAUAUAAAAUGUAAUUCUCUUACACGCAGAGCUUCACUAGACGACUUAGAAAGGCCAAACUGUUUAUUAGCUCCUACAGUUGACGAUAGGAUACUCAAGUUGGAUAAGGAGGUGCUGGAGAAGUUAAAAAGUGAAAAACUCAAGCUGGAAGCAGAGGUAACGAUUGAAGAAGAGACUGAACCAACAUCAAAAAACUUGAUUAGCUAGGCUCAUCCUUCUUUGUUGAUUCAAAGACUUUAUUAAAAGCUACCGUCCAAGUCAGCUGCACCCUUCUAGCCAUGACCAUUUUAUAUAAUUUCAUUCCUACUGGUCUCGUACUUAAUUGUUUGUAAUAAAUUAUAGCUAUGGAUGCUGUAUGUUGGAAAAUAACGAUCUAUGAAAUGUUAAUAAAAGAUUAA